AUGAGCACAGCCCCUGAAGAGGCAGCAGCAGGCACCACUGCUGCUGCUACCACGGGCAGAGUCAGUCGCGCAGAACCAGCAGAGGGUGGUGGUGACUCUCAUGGCACUGUGACUGUAGGGCCUUGUAAGACUGGUGUGACUGGCGCUGGUGUGGCUGGGUCUGGUGUGGCUGGGUCUGGUGUGGCUGGGUCUGGUGUGGCUGGGUCUGGUGUGGCUGGCAGAUCCAGUCAUCUGCUUUGUUUUCUGGCUGUUAUGGCAGCAGCUGUGGCAGCAACAGCGUGGCGAGUGGAGGCGCAUUUGGGGAAGGUUAUAGUGGCAUGUCUUGGGAAGGUGCGUCUGGGGAAGGUGCAUCUGGGGAGGCCUACAGAGGUGCAUCUGGGGAAGGCAGUGGAGGUAUAUCUGGGGAGGUUUACAGAGGAACGUAUGGGGAAGGUACAUCUAAGGAAGGCUGUAACCAGAGCAGCAGCAGAGAUAGCAGCAGCGAGAUGGGGUCUGCUGCUUGUUUCCCACCUCGGUCCCUUUCCUGCAACGCGGCUGCUGUUGCUGACGUGGCAAUAG